GGCAACCCCAUGUCCCCAAGUCCUAACAGUAACACACAAUCAUUAGGGCUUACUCAAUUGGAGCGUAAAAUUGGUGAUCGUGAUGAGUAGAGUCCAUGAAUGGGGGGAUAGAGGUUUGGCGAUCCGUGGGAAGCAUCAAUCUCAGCCGUAGCGAGUCGAUGGUGGAUCUGAUGGAUCAGAUUCAUCAGCUUCCUUCUCUGUUUCUCACUGCUUCAAGCCUAAACCAACUGGUAAAUUCUUUCUUUUACCCUCAUUUCUCCCUUUCUCUAUAUACCUCAUAUAGUCAUAUGUAUAUAUAGCUCAUGUAGAUACGUACAUAUUUUGUAUUUGAUAUAUGUGGAAUCCAUUGUUUUGACGCCCUAGGGUAGAAUGUUGCAACAAAUGAUAGCCAAUUUUAGACUAUAGACAAGGUUUGCGUCCGUAUUUAAAACAAUAAUGAUAAAUAAGUGGAACCCAUUCGUUCUACGGCUAGUGGUAUACACGAAUGAUGGGCAAUUUUACACUUCAGACAAAGCUUUUUCCGCAUUUCCCAUUUGAUAAGCAUCUUCUUUUCUUUUUCACCACUUUUUAUGACUGACUCACCAAAUUUUACUGUUCCGAAUGUACGGUGAUAAAUUGCUCAGUUUCAACAGGAUUAUGAUAGUUUGCAUAAUUGAAGACGCCCCUUUGCCAAAACCUAAAAAUCAAAGCAUCAUCAUGUGCCCUCUGGUGUUGGCGUGGAAAUUAAGAAAUUGAAGAAUUCAUUUCUUCAAUGCCCCACCCAUAAUUAGCUUUCAACUUCACAAAGACGACACCACGUAUAAUUUCAAGUGAGAGCUAUCCAUUAGAAUAAGCAAACUCAGUAGUGACUCAAAACUUUCAUAUUAUACUCUUCAAAAUUAGAUACAAAAUUUGAAUUUAAAAAAAAAAAAAAAAAAAAAACAUUUUAUUAACUUCUUUAUAGAAAAAUUAUUCUACUCAAAAGUUUUUUAAUUGAAUUUCAAUUAGAUUACUAAUUAUUGUUUAAACUCAUAAUACAAUUAUUUUUAAUUUUUUGAUUUUGUUUGUGUGAACGUAUCUAGAUUCUUAAAGCACCCUAUAAUUCACCACCUAACACAUGGAGGGAAAUGGUAAGGUUUCACUAUCCUUGUGAAUUUGUCAUCAGCACUUAUGGCUUUGUUACCAUCUCAUUUAUGUGAAGCCACGUGCUCUACCGGCCAAGCUAAGACAAUUGUUGUGAUAUUUGAGGUGGUUAGUUUGUAUGGAAUCUUAACGAGUGCACAUCCAAAACAAUAAUGAUGAUAAGUGGAACCCAUUCUUUUGACGCCUGGUGUAGAAAUGUUGCACCAACUUUAGACGAACUUUUUCCGAUUUGACGAGCAUGUUCUUUCCUUUUUUAGGAAAAUAUCAAUGGCUCACCAAAUUUACUGUUUGGAGUUUUGAGAUUUAAUCAAUUCUAUUGAAAUUUUACACAAUUAAAAGUAAAAAAAAAAAAAAAAGGUAAGGAUUUACCAUUCACGUGAAUUUGUCAUUAGAAUGAUCUAAAGUCACACAUGAAUUAGUAGUGAUAUGGUCCCGCUUGCCAUCUCAUUUAUCUCGAGGCAAAUUUACAUAUACAUAAAUACACAUAUAUAUUAGUUCAAAUGCAUGUAAAAACCUCUAAUUAUUUAACGCACGAGAAUGUAUGAACCAAGCAUCAAGGGGGAGAGAGAGACCUUUGAUCUAACAAGAAAUGGAGACUAACAUAUCUUCUAAUGGUUUUGAAAAUACCGUCUUUCGCAGAGCUAAAGACAAGACUUGUAGGUGUUGUUCAACUAGUAGGUCUGUGCUUUUGAUAGACGUUGAAAUGGAUGGUUCAAACUUGAGAACAACUGCAUUCUGGAGUUUCUAGGGUUUUUUUUCCCCCCCGCACUGGAGAUUGCAAAGAAUGCAUGAAUCCGCAGAUUAUUAUAGCACUAAAACAUAACAAAUAAAAAACUACCUCAACCAACAAAAAGAAUAUGUGUGUAUAUAAAUCAUCACACAAACGAAGUACUAAACAGAAAAUUAAGUUUACAGAGAUUCUAAAAUAAAAGAACAGAGUAUUAGACCGGAGGAAUGCAAAAUAACACACUACUAUGUGGUGAGAACCAAAUUAAAGAAUACUAAUUUAACAUGAAGAAUGCAAAAAGUUAUCACAAAAGUCAACUCUAACUAUUAGAAUUGUGAACAAAAUUUCCUAUUUAAUUAUUAAGAUAGCAAAGCAUGCAGGUAACUUGAAAUCCAUUCAUAUAGGAGGACAAUCCUCUAAUGGGUACUAAUGAAUUGUACAAAUAAGUGAGCUAAAAGUAGUUUUAUGGCCAAAACUUCAUAUUAAGCAUUAAAUCCAAAAUAUUGAACUGUAAGAGAAACCAUAUAUGUUUUAUGGUAACCAAAAAUGAAAAUAAAAAUAAAAGAACAGAACAAUGACGAUGCCUAACAAUCCUUCUCUUUAAAUUUUGAAUUACCUGAUAUCAUUGGUAACCUAAAACAUUUGAGAAUUCUUGAGAUUCGUUAUUAUUCGAUAGUGAAAUUACCUAGUGCCAUCAGAUUGUUACCGAAACUUGAAGAAUUAGAUUCCUCUGGUUGUUUCAAUUUGGAGAGGUUACCUGAUCUAUCGCACUCAGAAAUGCUGAAAGAAUUAAAGCUCUUCCAGUGCGUGAAGCUACAUGAAAUCGAGGGUCUUAAGGGCUUGAAAUCCUUGAAGACUCUGCAAUUGCAAAAUUGCACAGCUUUGGCGAGGUUACCUGAUCUAUCGAACUCAAAAAUACUGGAAGAAUUAAAGCUCUCCCAGUGUGAGAAGCUACAUUAGAUUGAGUGUCUUAAGGGUUUGAAAUCCUUGAAGACGCUCGACCUAUCAUAUUGCACGACCUUGGAGAGGUUACCUGAUCUAUUAAACUCAAAAAUGUUGGAAGAAUUAAAUCUCUCCCAGUGCCAGAAGCUACAUGAGAUCGAGGGUCUUAAGGGUUUGAAAUCCUUGAAGACACUCGACCUAUCAUAUUGCACGACCUUGGAGAGGUUACCUGUGGCGACCCAAAUGUGGGCAGGUGCGAGACAUUGGUAGGCUACUACCACACUGGGCGAGCUACAGGUGCAUAAUUCCACAUCGCCUAGGUGUGGAUGAGGCAAGUGCUAUAUGUAGAUUCAACACUCUUCUAUGACACAACACGUUUUAAAGCCGUGAUGGCCGUGAACUUACCAGAACUCUGGAGUUAAGCGUGCUUAAGCUGGAGUAGUACCAGGAUGGGUAGGAAGUUUUUGAUCCGGGGGAGCCAAAAGUGGACAAUAUUGUGUUUGGUUAGGGUAAGGGUUGUUACAAAUGGUAUUAAAGCCUAACCCAGCCGAAAGUGUGGCUAACGGGGACGUUGGGCCCCAAAGGGGGGUGAUUGUGACGACCCAAAUGUGGGCGGGUGCGAGGCAUUGGCAGGCUACUACACUGGGCGAGCUCCAAGUGCACAAUCUUAUAUCGCCUGGGUGUGGAUGGGGUAAGUGAUAUAUGUAGAUUCAACACCCUUCUAUAACACAACGCGUUUAAAGCUGUGAUGGCUGUGAACCUACCAGAACUCCAGAGUUAAGCGUGCUUAACCUGGAGCAGUACUAGGAUAGAUGACCCCCUGGGAAGUCUAUGGUUCGGGUGAGCCAAAAGCGGACAAUAUUGUGUCUGGACAGGGUGAAAGUUGUUACAUUACCUGAUCUAUUGAACUCAGAAAUGUUGGAAGACUUAAAUCUCUCCCAAUGCCAGAAGCUACAUGAGAUUGAGGGUCUUAAGGGUUUGAAAUCCUUGAAGACACUCAACUUAUCAUAUUGCAUAGCCUUGGAGAGGUUACCUGAUCUAUCGAACUCGGAAAUACUAAAAGAAUUAAAUCUCUUCCGGUGCCUGAAGUUACAUGAGUUUGAGGGUCUGAAAUCCCUGGAGAUGCUGGACUUGCCGUGUUGCACAGCCUUGGAGAGAUCAUUUGAUCUAUCGAACUCGAAAAUGCUGAAAAAAUUAAAGAUCGCCCAAUGCCCGAAGCUACAUGAGAUUGAGGGUCUUAAGGGUUUAAAAUCCUUGAAGACAUUGGACUUGUCAUAUUGCGCAGCCUUGGAGAGGUUACCUGAUCUAUCGAACUUGGAAAUGCUAGAAGAAUUAAAUCUCUUACAGUGCCAUAAUCUACAUGAGAUUGAGGGUCUUAAGUGUUUGAAAUCCUUGAAGACUCUCGACUGAUCAUAUUGCAUAGCCUUGGAGAGGUUACUUGAUGUAUCGAACUCGAAAAUGUGGAAAGAAUUAAAGCUCUUCCAGUGCCUAAUGCUACAUGAGAUUAAUGGUCUCAAGGGUUUGAAAUUCUUGAAGAUGCUGGACUCGUCAUAUUGCAUUACCUUGGAGAGGUUACCCGAUCUAUCGAACUUAGAAAUGCUGGAAGAAUUAAAGCUCUUCCAGUGCUAGAAGCUACAUGAAAUUGAGGGUCUUGUGGCUUUGAAAUCCCUGAAGACGUUGGACUUGUCAUAUUGCAUAGCCUUGGAGAUGCUACCUUACCUAUCGAACUCGGAAAUGCUGGAAAAAUUAAAGCUCUUUCAGUGCCAGACGCUACAUGAGAUUGAGGGUCUUAGGGGUUUGAAAUCCUUGAGGACGCUGGUCUUGUCAUAUUGCACGACCUUGGAGAGGUUACCUGAUCUAUCGAACUCAAAAAUGCUGGAAGAAUUAAAGCUCUUCCACUGCCUGAAGCUACAUGAGAUUGAGGGUCUUAAGGGUUUGAAAUUCUUAAGGAUGCUGGACUUGAGAAAUUGUAUAGCAUUGGAGAGGUUCCCUGAUCUAUCGAACUUAGAAAGGCUGCAAGAAUUAAAGCUCUUCCAGUGCCAGAAUCUAUAUGAGAUUGAGGGUCUUGUGGCUUUGAAAUCCCUAAAGACGCUGGACUUGUCAUAUUGCACAACGCUCUUCCAGUGCCUGAAGCUACACGAGAUUGAGGGUCUUAAGGGAUUGAAAUCCUUGAAGAUUCUAGACUUGUCAUAUUGCAUAGCCUUGGAGAGGUUACCUGAUCUAUCGAACUCUGAAAUGCUGGAGGAAUUAAAGCUCUUGCAGUGCCAGGAGCUACGCAAGAUUGAGGGUGUUAACGGUUUUGAAAUCUUGAAGACGCUGGACUUGCGAUUUUGCACAGCCUUGGAGAGAUUACUUGAUCUAUCAAACUCGCAAAUGCUGAAAGGAUUAGACCUCUACCAGUGCAAGAAGCUACAUGAGAUUGAGGGUCUUAAGGGUUUGAAAUCCUUGAAGAUACUCAACUUGUCAUUGUGCAUAUCCUUGGAAAGACUGCCUGAUCUUUCGAACUUGGAAAUGCUUGUACACUUAAAUCUCGCUGAGUGCCAGAAACUACAUGAGAUUGAGGGUCUUAAGGAUUUGAAAUCCUUGAAGAUGCUGGACUUGUCAUCAUGCAUAUCCUUAGAAAGAUUGCCUAAUUUAUCAAACUUUGAAAUGUUGGAAGACUUAAAGCUCACCCACUGCCAAAAGCUACAUGAGAUUGAGGGUCUUGAGGAUUUGAAAUCCCUGAUGACGCUGGACUUGUCAUAUUGCACAGCCUUGGAGAGGUUACCUAAUCUAUUGAACUCAAAAAUGCUGAAAGCAUUAAAGCUCUUCCAGUGCUUGAAGCUACAUGAGAUUGAGGGUCUUAAGGGUUUGAAAUACUUGAAGACACUAGACUUGUCAUAUUGCACAGCCUUGGAGAGGUUACCUGAUCUAUCGACCUUUGAAAUGCUGGAAGAGUUAAAGCUCUUCCAGUGCCAGGAGCUACGUGAGAUUGAGGGUCUUAAGGGUUUUGAAAGCUUGAUGACGCUGGACUUUCGAUUUUGCACAGCCUUGGAGAGAUUACCUGAUCUAUCAAACUCGGAAAUGCUAAAAGGAUUAGAUCUCUACCAGUGCGAGAAGCUAUAUGAGAUUGAGGGUUUUAAGGGUUUGAAAUCCUUGAAGACACUCAACUUUUCAUCGUGCAUAUCCUUGGAAAGACUGCCUGACCUAUCAAACUUGGAAAUGCUUGCACAAUUAAAGCUCGCCGAGUGUUAGAAGCUACAUGAGAUUGAGGGUCUUAAGGCUUUGAAAUCCUUGAAGAUGCUGGACUUGUCGUGCACAUCCUUGGAAAGAUUGCCUGAUCUACCAAACUUGGAAAUGCUGGAAGACUUGAAGCUUGCCAACUGCCAGAAGCUACAUGAGAUUGAGGGUGUUGAGGAUUUGAAAACCUUGAAGAUGCUGGACUUGUCAUCGUGUAGAGUCUUGGAAAGGAUACCUAAUCUGUUGAGAGUAACAACUUUAAAAGAAUUGCGACUUCAUAACUGUGUGAAACUUAGCGAGAUUUGCGGACUUGGAGAACUGCAAUUCUUGGACAUUUCUGGAUGCAUGUCACUACAAAAUUUACCAGACAUUUCUAUCAUUAGAGAAGUUUGGCGUUGAGAGCAAAAUUGUAGGAUGUCAGAUUUUAGUGUUUAACAUGCAACCUGAUGGCAUGGUUAUUGAUGAAACAUCCAUUUCAGUUAUCAAUUGUCACUGCAGAACUAUACUUUACAAUAGUAUUUAGGCAGUUGAAAUCAAGGUACCAUGAGAUGAUUUCGAGAUGAAAGCUCAGUUUGAAGUGAAUGAAAACAUUGUUUCAUAAUUCCUGUGGAUGUUAGGACUCAAUUUUGCCACUGUAGCUCCGAUUUCACAAAUUCGUGUCGAAAGAAUGAAAGAUUGAUUUCAUAAUCUCUUGAACUUUGAGACGCCAUUUAUCUGUUAGGGCUCAAUUUCAUGUAUUCAAUCAAUCAAAAAAAAAGACAAUCUUUGCUCGAGCUUGAGAGCAGAGUCCACAAAAAGUUAAUGGCCUACCCUUUACAAGCCUGGUGGGUAAAUCAGUGGAGAAAGGGAGUUUGAAGUAGAGCUUGGUUCGAAAUUUGCAGCAAGUGGUUCUCCCUUUACAAGCCUGAAGAAGGUUGACAUGGAAGGAGAUGCAGAAAAGAAGCAGCAGAUGCCACCUGCUAGUGCCAUGACAAGGCUCAUUCUUAUCAUGAUUUCAAGGAAGCUAAUAAAAAAUCCCAACACCUAAUCAAGCGUUUUGGGAGUGAAGAGUUCAUUGUAGCAGUUUGGAAGAAGAGUUUGUAUGUUCAACGACCUCAUUCAUAUGCCAUAUAAAUUAUUAGAUCUCUCUCUUCUGAAAUUUCUUUCAUAUAUCAAAAGCUUAUUUGAUCUUUCGAUAUAUUUACCCCAUGUGGAGAUGCUAAAUAAAUACAAAAGUUGUGUUUGAGGUGAGAAGGAGAGUUAUAGAGUGAUAAAGUUGAGGAAUUGGCAGUGGUACGAGUGUAGGCAUAUUGCCGGACUUAGGUAGCAAACGUGAGUGCUGCCAUAUGUUGAACUUUAGGCAGUAGUAACGAUUGUUGUAAUAAACAGUAUGUUUGAUGGCAGACAUUUUUAGUUGCGUAUGUCAGUUUUUAUUACUUUUUGCAACAGAUAUAGUUGUUGCUAUAUCCCAUUUUUGUUGUUGGAUGUAUCCUCUCUAAGUUUUGUGCUGCUUGUGUUA